ACUCCGCUCACAUGUGGUUUAACAUCGCACAAAUGUGAGAUUUUUGUGGCUUUCCGCCAGUUUCUGUCGCGAUUUCAUGGUGAGAACAUCACAAGUGGAGAAAAAAUUGACUCCUAAGAGAAUCAAAUUGACAGUCAAUGCUCGAGUAACAAUCCUAAUAGUGCGAAUCGCUUCUCAACAUCGUGAUGUUCCAUUUAAUGGUCACACAAUAGAUGAACUUGGAAUACAUUUAACAAAUUUCGUGCUUCAACCUCAGGUUUUGCGGGAGUGAAGUGGUGUUUUUUUUUAUAUUGCUGGAACUUGUGGCUAAAAGUGAAGUGUGAGACUCCUGAAAGUUUCUUUCUCCUUCAUCAACAAGUUAGAAAAAGGAGUUUUUCUACCACGCAAAAAGAGACACACAAGAGCCGACAGUCGCUAUGAUGACGGUGAAAUCAGUACGCCGAGGAUUUACGUAAUAUUUCUUCUUAAUGCCCUCAGAGUGAGGGUUUCAUGAAAGGGAGAGAAAUCAGUGUUUCACAAGUGAAGACGUAUCGCUGAAAGUCUAGCAAAUGCAAUUGAAUUUCAAGACGACAGUGUCAAGGGGUGUAAAGCAUUGAGUAAUUUGACUAAGUUCGCUACAAUUGAGACACCUUCGCUUGACUUUUUGCACCGCACCGUGCAGAGCCCCUUGGCAAGAACCAAGACAAGAAUUCUCCCUGAUAAGGCACAUAAAGUGAAACUGAGAAAGAAAUGAUCAAAUAAGAGAGAGCAUCAAAGUUGGAAAAAUCAUCCAAGUCACAUUUACCAUUUGGAAUCUAAAAAUCUCUUAUGAAUAUAUGAUAGAGUGAAAAAUCGCAUUUCAUCGUGAAAUUUAAUUUUCAAAAGUUCCUCCAAGUGAAAAAAUGUGGUGAGAGUGAGUGCAAACUUUUGUCACCUUGUGCACAGCGUGAAUGGGGGGACAUUUUUGCUGUGAUAGAGAUGUGAGGGUGAAAGCAAAUCACCUCUAAAUGGAGGAGAAAACUGCAAAAGAUAGUGACUUGUGUGAAUUGAUGGCAGUGUGUAAGCGUGGGUGAUACUUAGUGCGGCUCCCUUUGAGCUUCUUGCUCGCAAUUUUCACUCACUCAUUCUCUGUCUCUCUCAUGUGCUUUGCACAGCCAGGCACAAUGAUGAUGCAUCAAUGUUGGCAGCUUUUGAUCAUACUCACGACAGUGACUGUCUUGUCUUGUGCCUCUCGAGAUGCGUCGAAUUCAGUCUAUCGGAGCGAAAGGCAUUCCCAGACCACAGACCAUCGAACACAGAGCAUUCACCGUGAGCGGACGCGACGCAGUCAUCUCAUGGGAUAUUCGGAGUCUGUCGAGCACAUCACGGAGAACAAUACAGCACUGUCCAGUGAGGAUAUAGACCAGUAUUUUGUGGAUCUGAUGACCGCACCGGCGGCGACUUCUCACAUUCUCCAGAACGCCACAUGCAUUGAGCAUGAGGAUCCCGAUUGUGUCAUCAAUCACAAUAUCACGUGCGUCGGCGAUCCAGUGUACUGCAAUCUCACCUACGAUGAGUACAUGAGUCUGCUCUAUGACUACAUCUAUCCCACAAUCCCAGAGUGGAUUCUCAUCUUCUCGCAUUCCAUCGUCUUUGUGAUGGGACUGGUGGGAAAUGCUCUGGUGUGCAUUGCUGUGUAUACAAAUCACAGCAUGAGAACUGUAACGAACAUUUUUAUUGUGAAUCUGGCUGUGGCAGACUUUUUUGUGAUUCUCUUCUGUUUGCCACCGACGGUGGUGUGGGAUGUGACUGAAACGUGGUUCAUGGGGAAGACAAUGUGCAAGAUUGUCCUGUAUUUUCAGACCGUUUCCGUGACUGUUUCCGUGCUAACGCUCACCUUUAUUUCCAUCGAUCGAUGGUAUGCAAUUUGUUUUCCUCUGCGGUAUGUGUCGACAAAUGAGCGAGCCAUCGGAUCAAUCGCCUUUAUCUGGCUUGUGGCACUGAUUUCGGACAUUCCGGAAUUCCUCACAUUGACCACACAGCACAAGCAAUUGAGGUUUGGAAGCACUCUCUUCACGCAAUGCGUCGCACAGUGGGAUAAUCAGACGGAGAAGAACUUCCACAUCGCCCGAUUCGUGAUGCUCUACACUUUGCCGCUUCUCAUAAUGACAAUUGCUUACUUCCAAAUUGUGCGUGUUUUAUGGAAAUCCGACACAAUUCCUGGCCAUCGUGAGUCGCGACAUCAUCAGCAGUAUAAUUGUGCUUAUCUGAGAAACUCCGCAGUUCCUGCCAACUCCGGCACAAUGGGUCAGCUGAGGAUGAGACGAAAGGCCGCCAAGAUGCUGGUGGCGGUCGUUGUGAUGUUCGCCUGCUGCUAUUUUCCCGUCAAUGUACUCAAUGUCUUAAGAUACACCAUCGAUAUUGGCCAGAGUGAAAUCAUUUCAGUCCUCUCGCUCUUCUCGCAUUGGCUCUGCUAUGCGAACAGCGCUGUAAAUCCAGUCAUUUACAAUUUUAUGAGUGGCAAGUUCCGGCGGGAGUUCAAGAAUGCUCUGGAGAAGUGUCGAUGUUGUGGCUCUGGCCGAGGGCGCGUGGAGGAUCGAUCGAUGUACCACAGCGCCCACACGCCGGGAACAAGGCUGAACAACGUGAGUCCCAGCUCCAGGAGCAACUACCAAUUGGCCAGCGUGCGCGACUUCACGCGCCAGCAGACAAUCCAGACGUCGUUCAUCGAGAACGGCCACAAUAAUCACCACCAGACGCUGCUGGGCGCAGACGAGAAGGCGACACGGCGAUCGUCACGUCCCUGACGGGAGCGCCUCAAGCUCCGCGUCUCGUGGGUGACUCGCGGCCGUCUCAGCAGCGUCGACGAGUCGCCGCCUCUGGGCUGAGCAUUCCUCGCAUGCCUCCUGGACGCAGAGUUAUUCUCCGUGCCAGAGGGCUUGACGAGGGUGCUCUGAGACCCCUAAAUGGGGUGAAAUCUGGGGGCAUGUGUAGAUAUAAAUCAUCUGUGAGUACACAAUCUGUGGGAACAUUGGUAGAGAUUCUAGCGAGACAACAAGAAUAAAAGUCCUUUAAUGUCGCACUGAAAAUUGACAAUUUCGUGCUUUCAAAUCUGUAGUUUUGAUCCUGAAAUUUUUGUCAAUUUUCAAGUGAAAAAUAUAAUAAUUCUAAUAUGGAAAAAAAUAUAGUGAGAACAGUAGAACAUUCCCAUCAAUGUGACAAGGAAAGAUAGUGCUCAAUAGAAUUGUUUUUAUUUUCUAAAUUCUCCGGGCAAAAUGCUCACAAUUUUCUGUAUAUACGUAAGACUAAUUGAGACUAAAUUUUACUAAGUGUAAAAAGAAAUUUUAAUGUUAAGAAACACUGAAGAAGACUUGAGAAUCAAGAGCACAAUUCAACCAGUGAAUUGUUUUGUGAGUUUCUCAAGAAUUCUCUCACGGCACUAAAACAUACAUAUAAAUUCUCCUGCUUCUCGAGGACUUUCUUGGAAAAAUUAUCAUGAAAGUUUGCCAUAUGAUGAGGAAAUUCACACAAAAUUUCCCUGGAUAUUAAUACAAAAUUGGAUCAAUUAAAACAUGGAGCAAAAUUGAAGUUAGUAAACUUAGAAGUAUUUUUGUAUUUAAACUUACCAAGGAAAAAUCUCUUAGAAUUUAGCCUCAAAUGUAUUACUAAAGAAAUAACUCAAGACACUUUGUAAAUGGUUAAUGUGUAAAAAAAAGAAAAGAAAAAUAGUCUCAGUAUGAUUAGAGCCUAAGUUUUGCUCUCAAUGAUUUUCCUCUUCAAAGACUUCCAAUUAAAUCAUUGAGACCAAAGAGAGAAAAAA